UCGAGCCCUUGUUGGGAAAAUGCACGAAUUUCAACAAAUGUCAUCGUUCUGCGGUGCGAUUAUUUGUACGAUAUCGUAUGGACCUGCGUUAAGAUGCCGAGAAUCGGCUCUAUUUUCGUUGCGAAGUUUAUGGCAGAAAACGGAUCAUUUGGGAUUCGUGACGGACUCCGUUCAAUGUUUGUUUUGCCGAAAAAUCGCUAAGGUGGGCGACCGAACUCACGGAAAGAACAUAAAAAUAUGGCUGAAUCGAACGAACGGACCGACGUGCGCGUGCACAACAAUUAAUUAUUGUAACGAUUGCGUUGUUCAGCGCGAAUGUCGUUAUCCAUUCGAAAUUAUUGUCAACGCGUACGAAUAUCGAUGGAUCGUUUUCGACGAGACGAACGGUCGAAACGGAGAUGAACCGAACGGACUAGUGAUAGUGCGAUAUAAAUACGCGAUUAAAACACUAUCCGCGUGCCCGGUAAUAACACUGGACACCUAUUGUUACGCGUGUACAUUGUAA